AUGGUUACUGCGCCGUUCAAAGUGAAGGCGCUCUUUGAGUACACCUCGAGCCAUGAGGACGAUCUACCAUUUGAAGUGGGCCAGAUAAUAACGGUCAACGAUGAUGAGGAUCCGGAUUGGUAUGGCGGAGAAUAUGUAGAUGGCUCCGGCGAGACGCGAGAAGGCAUCUUUCCUCGCAACUUUGUCGAGAAAUACGAGCCCGUUGCGCCACCCCGCCCGGUGAGGUCGCGGAAGAAAGAGGCCGAGCCUCUCGCAUCGCCGCCUUCAACUGCUGCUUCAUUUGUGUCAAUUCCGGCGGCUCCAGAAUCGGAACCCGAAGAUGUUCCAGAGGAGAGGCCAAUCGCUUCGCCACCUCCACCUCCGCGGGCGGCGGAACCUCUCUCGCCCAGAGCUUCUGUUGCGCCGGUGCCGAAGGCCCCCGAACGUGAGCCCGUAGCCUCGCCAGUCGCUCCAGCUCCCCAGGCUGUGGCGCCUGCGCUUGCUCCUGCGCCUAUUGCACAACCUGCCGCCAAAGCUCCUAGUUCGCGUCGUAGUCCUCCCCCAGUCUCGGAGAAGCCCAGCUCGUUCAAGGAUCGCAUUGCGGCAUUCAACAAGGCCGCACCACCGGUCGCGCCCUUCAAGCCUGGUAACCUGAGCGCCGGCGGAUCUAGCUUCGUCAAGAAGCCCUUCAUUGCUCCGCCUCCGAGCAGGAAUGCCUACGUUCCUCCCCCAAGAGACCCACCCAUUACCAAGGCUUACAGGCGCGAGGAAGAUCCCGAGAUCAGGGAUAGAGAGGCAGAAGCCCUUGAAAACGCUGAGAAGGCUGGGCUAGUUCCAUCCACAAAUCAAGAAGGGCAAGACGAGGACCAGCCCAAGCCUACAAGCCUGAAGGAGCGCAUCGCAUUACUCCAGAAGCAACAGGCCGAGGCCGCUCAGAGACAUUCCGGAGCUGCUGCAAAGAAGCCGAAGCGUCCGCCGCCGAAAAAGCGCACCGAAAGUGACGCACCGCAGGAAGCAUCCCCGGUGGUUGAGGCUGAAGCACUGCCAACCCCGGAACGGCGAGACACGGAAGACGCUCUGGAACGGAGCUCCACAGAUGAGCCUCAGCCCAGGCAGCUUCCGCUUCGAAAGAAGACUUCGAAAAGCCCCCCUGAAGAUGGCAAUGAGGCAGAUAUGUCCGGCGCCGGAGACACAACAGAGGGUCAGGAUGACCUUACCGAAAAGGAGGAUAUUGAUGAAAAGCCCCAACCUAUUUGUCGUGCGCCUACAGGGCCAGAAGUAGAGCCGGUCACGCCUGGUGGUGACGACGAGGAGGAGGAGGAGGAGGGCGAGGGUGAGGAGGAAGAUGACGACGACAUGGACCCCGAGCUCAAGCGAAAGGAAGAGCUCCGUGCUAGAAUGGCCAAGAUGAGUGGCGGUAUGGGCAUGAUGGGGAUGCACAUGUUCGGUGCACCCAUGCCAUCACCUGGUGCAUCUGCAGUAGCAAAGAAGAAGAAACCUCCGCCGCCACCUACAGAACGGCGUUCGAGUGAGCAGCCUAACGAAGAAGCGUCGCCACGCAUGGCUGCUCCUCCAGUCCCAACCAUGAUGGCUCUUCCCGGGAUGCCUGGAUUGGGCCAGAAGAAGCUCCGUGAGGAGGAGACUGCUGAGCCUGAAGAGCAUGAGUCGCCGGCAGAGGAAGACAGUGUACCGGCCAUCCCCACUAGUCCACCAACAGUGGCACCUGAGGGUGGUCCACCUCCUGUUCCUUCCGGCAGACCCGCUCCUCCCCCAGUCCCUGCCGAAUCUCGGCCACCGCCGCCUCCGCCUCCGCUAAAUGCUGGCGUAGUGUCUCCUAGCCUUGGAUCUGAGUCGGACGAUGAGAUGUCUGAAAGUGCAAUGAAAUCGCCACUUGAAACCCCAAGAGGUGAGGCGCCGGCAGGCAGAGCACCUCCGCCAAUCCCACUGGCAUCACCGACAUCAUCAACGUCUCCGCGGUCACCUGGGGCUAAACGAUCGUCGUACAUCGCUGAAGAAAUUUCUCCGACUUCUCCAGCCAUGCCCCCACAGCCAAAUAAGCGGAACAGUCGGCCACCUCCUGUUCCUGGGUCCGCCCCGGCCACACCGGCACAAGCUCGUCCACCUCCACCACCACCACCUGGGGUUCCUUCAAGCCGCCCUCCGACGUCAGACAACAGACCUACUUCGCCGAUGAAGCCUGGCGUCUUGGAUAAUGGCGAAGAAGGAGAGGUCUCCGAGUAUGAGGGAGAUUACGACACUGAUAUUGCAUCAUCUGUGCCUCAUAAAGAAGCGCUAAAAUCCCAUGCGCGUGACUCCAGUAUCGACGACAGCACUCCAAUCCGCUCUCCAGUCUCGGAUAUUCCAACGCCAUCUUUCCCUCCUCCUAUGCCGAGCGCUGCACCACCUAGAGCAAUUCCGCCGCCAAUUCCCAGUCAACCAAUGUCAUCUAAUGUUCGACCCUCAACGGAAAUGCCUCGGGCGGCUCCUCCUCCGCCACCACCGCCUAAGGAGCAAUCGUUCGACGAUGAUGAGUACGAUCCAUACAAUUAUGCCGCCCUACGACCAGGAGUCUCGAAGAGAAUGUCGCACACCGUGCCAAGGCAGCAAGUGGCUUCUCCCGAACCAAUGUCAUCGUACCAACCGCCCCCUACACCCGAUCGUCGUGGGCCACCGCCAGCUCCCUCCGCCAACAGAGCUCCACGACAGUCUCUCGACGUACAAAAAUCAUCGGGUCGAAGAUCAAUGGAUUUUAGCAGACCGUCGAUGGAAUCCGGUUUCGUAGCGAAUGAUGUGGACCUAGCUAGCUAUACGAACUGGUGGCUUCAACCCAACGGCGUGCCUCCUGCAUUCCAGGGCAGAAGAGAUGUCUUCUUCGAAUCCGAAGAAGCCACCUCCACUGCGCAAGGAGGCAGGACAACAGUCACUAAGGAGGUCUAUAUCUUGUUCCAGGAUUACUCGCAGACGGUCAUUACCGCUCGAUUUGACCCGCAGAAUCCUGCCGAUACUCAGUUGGAGCAACGGCACGAACCACCCCCUCGAAACUUACGUCAGGAUCAGUUGGAGCAGGCGUAUGAGCGCUUCGGCAUGCAAAUCGCCACUGCCAUUACUUCCAAGAAGGACACAGUGGUUGGUGAUGGUACACCGCAAGGACUCGUCUAUGAGCUUCUCAAGCCCUUCAAGGACGCGCUGCUUCCCGUUGGGUCUCGUGCCUACGGCGCCCUGGUGUAUGCGAACAUGGCUAACGCCGCAACACAAACGAACGAUGAGAUCAGACCUGGUGAUAUCAUCUCCAUCCGCAACGCCAAAUUCUCGGGUAAGCAUGGACCUAUGCACGCCAAGUACUCCAUGGAGGUUGGUAAACCAGACCACGUCGCCAUUGUUGCCGAGUGGGACGGAACCAAGAAGAAGGUACGAGCUUGGGAGCAAGGCCGGGAGAGCAAGAAGGUAAAACAGGAGAGCUUCAAGCUAGACGACCUGCGCAGCGGAGAGGUCAAGAUCUGGCGUAUCAUGCCAAGAAGCUGGGUCGGAUGGGAUUCUCAGAACUAG